AUGCUCGAAACUCAGAUCUCGCAAAUAGCUCAAACACCGGCUGCACAAACUACACAUGGAGGACAGUUCCCUGGACAAACUCAACCCAAUCCUAAAGGGGAAGCAAACGCCAUUACCUUAAGAAGCGGAACCACUUAUGAUGGACCUAGAAACCCAACAUUGAGCGCACCCAAAAAACCUGAGGAAAAUGUCGUGCCCACAGACCAAGUAGAGAAACCAGAGGAAUAUAUAAAACAACCAAACCAAGGGGUAGAUACAAAAGACAAUAAUUACACACCACCACCGUAUAAGACAUCAAUUCCAUAUCUGCAGAGACUUAAGAAAACCAAGAUGGAAAGUCAAUACCUAAAAUUUAUCAAGGUGAUAGAAAAAAUUCACGUAGAAAUCCCUUUUACAGAAGCAAUCACCCAAAUACCAUCAUACACUAAAUUCUUAAAAGACAUCUUGCCUAACAAGCGCAGACUCGACGAUCAUAAACCCUUAGAAUGCCAUUUCAUCUCCGAGAAUAAACUUGCCAAGAAAGAUAAAGACCUCAAAAGUUUUUCCAUUUCGUGCAUCCUAGGAAAUCAUAUGAUCGAUAAAGCUUUCUUAGACUUAGAAGCAAGCAUAAGUUUAAUGCCUUUGGCAGUUUGCAAGAGGUUAAACUUACGAGAACUUCAUCCGACUAAAAUGUCCUUACAAUCAGCUGAUAGAUCUGUCAAAUACCCUAUAGGCAUAUUAGAAGAUAAAACAGUUAAAAUAGGUCAGUUAUAUAUUCCGACUGAUUUCGUAGUAAUGGAUAUUAAUGAAGAUGAAGAAAUUCAAAUUCUCUUAGGAAGACCAUUCUUGUCAACAGCCGGAGCCAUAAUAGACGUUAAGAAAAGAAAACUAACAUUCGAAGUAAGAAAUGAGAGGAUAGAAUUCAUCCUCUUAAAGUUUCUCAUGGCACCGGUGAUAGGAGAUGCAUGCUAUACAAUCGAUAUCAUUGAUGAAUGCAUAAAUGAACUUGAGCGAGAUGAAUCCUUAAUUAAACUACCUUCAACCCCCAUCUUAGAGGAUGAUGGAUUCAAGAGUAUGAAACCCUACAUUGAUGGCAACCUCUUUAAAUGUUUAGCUCUUACACCAGACCAUAUGCCGUGUCCUAAAAAGCCAUUUUUAGAACUUAAAGAAUUACCCAAGAAUCUAAGAUAUGAGUUUUUGGAUGAAGACAUGAAUCGCCCUGUUAUAAUUAAUGCCAUUCUGAACCAAAAAGAAACAAAUCAGCUCUUGGAUAUCUUGCAAAAAUGUCCCUCGGCAUUAGCUAUAAAAUCUCUGACUUAA